AUGAACAACAAGGAUCUGGAACUAAUCAAAUGGCCUGAGGAGAGGAACAUAAACAACUACGUUGCAAAAAAUCCCACUGCUUCGAUAAUACAGGGUUUGUUCACGAACGCCGGUAUAAUAGGCUCAAUAAUCUAUAUUAUGAUCAGGCAGGUCAUCGUGCCCUGUCUGGAUUCGCACUACUUACAAAGGGUUAGUCUAAGCGCUUCAACUCUGCUGCAGCUGAGAAGAGCUGUCACAUUGUUGCAAGGGAAGCUGAAGUAUACUCCGGUAUCAGCACUGGGCUUCAACGAAAGCGAUGGCCGAGUGGAAAGAUCCACUCAGACUCUCAAUGAGAGCUGCGACAGGGCCCAAGAACGUGAAAGCCGGUGGAAAAGGUUCAAUGAUAAGCUGAAGGAAGCUGAUAACCAACUUCAACUGUUCAACUCAAACUCCAGCUCAUCCAAAAAUAUGGACUCUUUCCAUCUUCAGGUCAAGCUGCUGGUUGACGGGAUCAAGCUGGAUGAGAGUAGGGAGAAGACCCGGGAGUGCUGCGAAAGGAUUAUACGCUCUAUUCGGGAGGCCAAAGGCUGGCUAGUCAAUGGAAGAUCUCCGCGACUCGCUAAUGCAUGCUGA